CGUCACAUUAUGUCACCGUGUUAAGUCAUCGUUUUGUGGUUUUCCAAAUGUGCGUGAACAUAAUAUGUAUAAAAAUCAUUAAGUUAACAAAAAAGAAACCAAAAGUAUGAUCAAUACCUUUUUCCGUGCAGUUUAUUAGGGAAGAUAGCAAAAUGGCUACUAGUAGGGCCUUGUUGGCGAGUCGAAAUUACUUUUCAAGUGUAAUUUUUACCAAUCAAAAGUGCAACACAACACCCACUCCAUGUCAGUCUCAGAGUAUCAAUAGCUCACGAUACUUGUUGAAAAAACCAUUAUGUGACAUCAAUUUAAUUCGUGGUUUACAUACGAGAUCUAAAGAUGCGGUCAAGUAUGAUUGGCAAAAUGCUGCUUUAAUCGUCGUGGGCGCUUGUAAAGGCAUUGGCGCCCAUGUCCUAAAAAUGGCUUUGAAUGAAGGUGUCGAGUCUGUAACCAACUUGGACAUAAAUGAAAAAGCUGGUUUCGCUAUGCAAUACGAAUUGAAUCAGAAAUACAGUGACAAAAAUAAAGUGAGAUUCCUAAAAUGUGACAUCACCGAUGAACAUCAACAUAUUGACACUUUGCAAAACCUUUUGGUCGAUAGAAGAAAGACUUAUGUAAUAGUCAAUAAUGCUGGUCUAAUAGAACAACGUCCAGAUAUGAGUAAAGAAGCAAUUGAUAGUAAUGUGGUUGCUAUAGUGACCAGUAGUGUAACAGCCUUAGAGCUGAUGCGCAAAGAUGAGAAGGGCAGCGGCGGUGCAAUUAUCAACCUUGCUCCAGUGUCCAUCCUAUGUCAUCUGCCAUAUUUUCAAUGCUACAAUGCUACCAAAAGUUCUAUUUUGACUUUCAAUAUGAGUCUUGGCGACGAAGAAUUUUUCUCGAAGACUGGUGUACGUGUAUUGUCCGUGUGCUAUGGUGCCACCGACGAAGGCCUCGUUCCCAUCGUGAAUGCUAAAGACAAGGAAGAAAUCGAAAAGUUAAUGAAAACCAAGGAAGGUUUACUAACGAAAGAAAAAGCAGCAGCUAAAGCCGUAAUUGAAAUAUAUAAAACGGGCAGGACCGGCAGUACUUGGCUUUCAAAGGAGAUAAAACCAGCUGAAGACAUAACAGAGUUCAUCAAAAACAUUUACAGUGAUACGACAGAAAUACAAUGGUAAUGUGCUUUCGUGCAAGUGAUGUAAUGUGAUAAAUUGUGAACGUUGUUGUAACCCUAUGUCUAUAUGUCAUGAUUCAAUAAAAACUUAUAUUUUUUUAAA